GUUGGUUGUCUUUUCCGGUUUAUUUCUAUAUUAUUUUGCCAGUUCUUUUCCGGCUAGACAAAGCCCACAGUGAGUAUCGGAGAAUUCCUCAAAAUCCCAAAAUGGGGAAGAUUAUGAAACCCAACAAAGUCGUGCUGGUGUUGAGUGGGAGGUACGCCGGCAAGAAGGCUGUCAUCAUCAAAAACUACGAUGAAGGCACCAACGACAAACAGUAUGGAAAUGCCUUGGUUGCCGGGAUCGACAGGUAUCCCAGGAAAGUUCACAAGCGAAUGGGAAAGAAGAAGAUCCAUAAAAGAUCUAAGAUAAAGCCUUUCCUGAAGGUUAUGAACUACAACCACCUCAUGCCUACUAGGUACUCCUUAGAUCUGGAGCAUUCUAAAGUUGCCCCGAAAGACCUAAAAGACCCAAUGAAGAAGAAGAAAAUCAGAUUCCAAGUCAGGGUCAAACUAGAAGAAAAGUAA